ACUUUGUACUUCUGUAGUAUAUUUCAAAUUCAAAUAGUUACUUGUUAUUUGAUUUUGUUAAGAUAACACCAAACGAUAAGAUAUCGAGAUGUGUAUUUUGUUUGUUUAUAAUGGCGCCAAUGAAAUCGAAAGUGAUUUUAGUCUUAUCCUUAUAUCCAAUAGAGAUGAGUUUUAUGAACGACCUGCUCAAUGUAUGGCUCCCUGGAGUGAAGACCAGUGCGUGUAUGGAGGCAGAGAUUUAGAAACUGGUUGUGAGAAAGGAACAUGGCUGGCUGUUAGCUCCAAAUAUAAAAAAAUUGGUUUGCUUUUAAAUUUGCCAGGAGUAAAAAAAGAAAAUGCAAAAAGUAGAGGCACUGUAGUAGCUAAUUAUGUAAAAACUGAUUUAAAAAUAUCAGAGUAUAUUGAAUCAAUUAAAAAUUAUACCAGCAAUUGUAAUGAAUUUAAUUUUGUAUCUAUUGAAUUAGGAGAUUCAUUACCAGAGGUAAAAACAUAUACCAAUGCAACAGAUGAAAUUGUUCACUGGUCGGACACAUAUUUAGGAUUUGGCAAUAGUCUCCCUGAUAAACCUUUAAAGAAGGUGCAAAAUGGCAUAAAACUAUUAAAAAAAAUAUGCACUAAAUUAAAUAAGAUUAACAAUAAAACUGAGUUAUUGGCUGAAUUAAUUGGUUUAUUAAAAAAUCAAGAUAGAAAUUUACCCGAUCCUCAGUUAGAAGAAAGACAACCAAAUAUUUUUAAAGAACUAAGUUCAAUUUUUGUUAAUAUCCCAAAAGCCAAAUAUGGAACAAGAGCCCAUACUAUUGUUCUUGUGACUAAAUCAGGACAAGUUGAAUUAAUUGAACUAAGUUUGAAAUCUCCCAUUAAUAUAGAAAAUCCUCAAUGGGAGAGAAAUGAGUUUCAAUUUAAUAUUUAAUGCUUAUAAAUAUUGUUAAAAUAAUGGAAUUAUAAAAACUGUUGAUUAAUUUAUAAAUCAUGAAAUGAUUAAACAUUUAUAAUUAACAA